GCCGCUCCACCGACUACUUGUCACCAAAGAUGGCGGUUUGCUGAGUGCUCAUGGAUACACACAUUUCUCGGCUAGUUGUUAUCGCACCCGAAAAGCCAACUCCUAAAGCACAUUAACUCCUCGGCGGGCAACUAUUUCUCCACUGGAAGAAACGCCGGUAGCCACCAUGCAGAUCACGCUUAAAACGCUGCAGCAGCAGACGAUUCAAAUUGAGAUAGACCCCGAACAAACGGUGAAGGCCCUGAAAGAGAAGAUUGAAGCCGAAAGAGGGAAAGAUAAUUUUCCUGUAUCUGGGCAGAAGCUGAUAUAUGCAGGAAAGAUCUUGCAAGAUGACACGCCAAUCAAGGACUACAAAAUCGACGAGAAGAAUUUCGUCGUGGUGAUGGUGUCCAAGGCGAAGCCGGCAGCAGCACCAGCACCAGCAGCAGCAGCAGCUGCAGCCUCGCCACCAGUCUCAGACGCCCCCAAACCCCCCGUACAGGACUCUGGCUCCACGUCAACACCUGCUCCGACCACAACCCCAGCUCCUGCCCCGGCCCCAGCUGCUGCCCCCGCCGCUUCUGAGGAGGCCAAAGAGGAGACGAGCGCCGCAGCCACGGAACCACAGCAGCCAGCGAGCUCCAGCGGUGGAGGUCAGGGCUUGGACGCCUCCUCGGCGCUCGUGACUGGAGCCGAGUACGAGGCGAUGCUGACGGAGAUCAUGUCUAUGGGCUACGAAAGGGAGAGGGUGGUGGCUGCGCUCAGGGCCAGCUUCAACAACCCCCAUAGAGCCGUGGAGUACCUCCUCACUGGUAUCCCCAGCAGCCCGGUCCAGGAGAGUAAUCCUCCAGCCCAGGCUCCCGCAUCUGGACCCACAGAAGCUCCGUCUCUAGCAGAAGGAGAGAACCCACUUGCAUUCCUGCGGACUCAGCCCCAGUUCCUGCACAUGAGACAGGCCAUCCAGCAGAACCCUGCUCUCCUACCAGCUCUUCUCCAGCAGCUAGGCCGGGAGAACCCGCAACUCCUACAGCAAAUCAGCCAGCACCAGGAGCUGUUCAUCCAGAUGUUGAACGAGCCGGUGGGAGAGGGGGGCGACGCGCCAGAGGUUGGAGAGAUGGGGGCGGCCGGCGAGGAGGGCGCGCCCGUCAACUACAUCCAGGUUACACCUCAGGAGAAGGAAGCCAUCGAAAGGUUAAAAGCGUUGGGUUUCCCCGAGGCGCUGGUGAUCCAGGCCUACUUCGCCUGCGAGAAGAACGAGAACCUGGCGGCCAACUUUCUCCUCAACCAGGGACUGGAAGACGACUGAGCAUCGGAGGAUCACUGCCUUCCUGCUCCUCCCUCCUAACCCCUUCCCCCCCUUCUUCAGCUCAGCAUAAAGACUGCACCCCCUGAAAAAAUUUUACUGUACAGCUACCAACCUCAGCUCAACCCAACAGGAGGGGAGGGGAAGGGAGGGCAGCAGGGUUGGGGUGGGGGGGACGUUAUGGGAUGGGAUGGGAAGGGAAGGGGCGACGGGGUGGGUUUAGGUUUGUUUUUUUUUUUUUGUUUUCGGAAAGGGGGUUUAAAAGUACACAAAGUCUGACGAUGUGUGCAGGAAGGUGUCAGAGAUAGGGGAGGGGGCGGGGAACAAAAAAAAAAAAGUGUGGAAGAAUUAUGAAAUCCACGUGAAUUCCAAUGGAAUGUGUGGGGUUUGUGCAGGGGAGAUCUAUAAUUUGAUUUUAGACACGCUUUGUGAACGUUAGGGAAAGGGAGCGACCGGAGGUAGGGAGGACGUACGGGAAGGACGAAUGGGUGGAUGAAGGGGUUUUGCGUGCUUGAGUGUGCGUGCGCGUGUGUGUGAGUGUGUGUGUGUGUGUGUGUGUACGCCUGUGCAGAAGGAUGUGAUGCAGUUCAGCUAAAAACAAAAAAAAAAAAAAAAAAUCAAUCAUGCAUUCUCUAAAGUUUGUUAAUGCUGUAGCUCGAUUGUACGGAAGCACAUUCUCUCCUCACUGCACUUCGACAACAUUAUCAGUGUGUGUGCGCGCGGGUGUGUGUGUGUGUGUGUGUGUGUGUGUGUUUGUAAAAACUGCUUGUGUGUACAUCUGUAAGCCUCACAUACCCUACAUCCAAGAAUGAAAUUUAGCCGAGAUGGACUGGAGCGUUGCUGCCCUUUAUGUAUGUGUCUGACAUGAUGUUACUGGGUGGGGUGGGGUGGGGUGGGGUGGGGUGGGGGGGGUUUAAUCAGUCGAAAUGGGAACUAAACUGACAAAUAACAUAUCUUGGUUAUUCUCUUCUCCACUUUGUGCCGCCCUCAACUGUCCCGCAGCUGCACACACACGUUGCAGCCGGAUCACAAAAUCCUUGCGAAAAACGCAGUGCCUCUCCGUUUAGGUUCCUCAAAACGUGCAUCUCAUUGCUAUAUUUUUGUUAAUGCUAAUUAACGCUACCCAUAAACAUCUGCUGUGCAACUGACAAAUCACAUUUCACUAGCUUCUGAUUAUGUCCUCUACUGUUUAAAAAAAGAAAACAACAAAAAAACAGACAACUGAUUGUUAUAGUCACUUUUAUUAUUAUUUGAAAUUAUUUGAAUUACUUUGAAAUUUUAUGGUGCCGGGGAUGUUUGACUUAUGUAAGCAGUUAUUGCUCAUGCAGACAUACACGACUCCGAAAUUACGUACGUAGGUAAAUGUAUUUACACUUAAACCAGUAGGUUUGUUUGAAUUUAAUCAGCAUUCAUUUGAUUUGCGCAGUGGAAAAGGUCCCCAAAAAAAAAUUAGCAAAGGAUCAUUCUACUAACUUUACUCUAGAAAAGUCGUGUGUCUAGAAAAGUCUUUUUACUUUAUAAUGCUCUCAAAAAACCCUUGAGGGAAACAAAACCAGUUUAGUUUCGUAUCUGGAGGUAGCGCACUGCUGUUAUGAUCCCAAUCUGGGUCAAACCGUAGCUGAAAGAUCUAAGUGCUGAUAGAGCUUGAAGUUGACUUCCCUGUCAUUGUCUAAAACUUACGGCAGUCAACCGUGACGGAGGUUUGUUCUGAGUCUCAUUAGCCGACCAACCACUGCUGCGUAAUUUAUUCUUACCGUUGCCUAAUUCUGGUGGUUUAAUGAAGAUGUCGUGUAAUAGAAGUUUGAAACCAUGACCACAAAACCUUUGCCAAAACUCACCUGAUCGGCUCAAAAUAUAAAGCUUAAAAUACAGUUUUUUUUAAAAAAAAACGUUUUGUCCCCAAA